AUGGCAGAAGAAGAAUAUAUGACUGAUUCUAGUUCAGAUUUCACUGAAUAUUGGAUUGAUGUAUUUUUAGGCACAAAAGGUAACGAAUAUUUCUGUGAUAUUGAUGACGAAUAUAUUCGAGAUCGAUUCAAUUUAACUGGUUUAAAUCAAGAAGUAUCCAAAUUACCAACUUUAAUCGAUAUAAUAACAGAUAUAAUUGAUAUAGAACUGAAACCUGCUGAUCAAAGAGAAAUAUUAGAAAAGAAUGCAGGAAUAUUAUAUGGUUUAAUUCAUGCAAGAUAUAUUUUAACUUCAAGAGGUUUAAAUAAAAUGUUUGAAAAAUAUAGAAAUGGAGAUUUCGGUUAUUGUCCAAGAGUUCAUUGUCAGCUUCAUCCUCUUUUACCUAUUGGCUUAAGUGAUCAACCUAGAAUAGCAUCGGUUAAAUUAUAUUGUGCAAAAUGUGAAGAUUUAUUUAAUCCAAAAUCAGCAAGACAUUCAGUUAUAGAUGGAGCUAAUUUUGGUACUUCGUUCCCAGCCAUGUUUUUCCAAAACUUCCCAAGUAUGAUACCUGUCCAUUCUAAAGAGACUUAUGUUCCAAGAGUAUUUGGAUUUAAAUUGCAUGAAUAUUCAAAAUUGAAUAGAUGGAGAGAAUUACAACGAAUGAAGUUGGAAAAUAGAUUAAUUAAGAAUGGAAUACAGAUAAAUAAUGUAGGUGGUGGGUUCGUGUCUGAAGAAGAGGGCAUGGCUGCAGCUGCUACAACUGGUGCUGCUACAAGCACUACUGUUGCUGGUACUUCCACUACUGGACAACAAGAAUCUCGUUCCUCACAACGUGGUAUGUAUUGA